GCGAUGGAGGAGCGGGAGGCCGCGGCGGCCGAGGCGGAGCGCCGCGUGCGGGCCUGGGCGGAGGCGCAGCGGGCGCGCGGGCGGCGCGUGGUGCUGGUGACGUCGGGCGGGACGCAGGUGCCGCUGGAGGCGCGCGCCGUGCGCUUCCUGGAGAACUUCAGCAGCGGACGGCGCGGGGCGGCCUCGGCCGAGCGGCUGGCGCGCGCCGGCUACGGCGUUUGCUUCCUGCACCGCGCGCGCUCCGCCUUUCCCUGGGCGCGCGGCCUGCCGCCGCCCGGCCCGGCGCUGCUGGACCUGCUGCGCGUGCACGACGGGGCCGUGCGCGUGGCCGCCGAGGCGCUGCCCGCCCUGCUGCCCGCGCUGGCCGCCUACCGCCGCGCCCGCGAGGAGGGCGCCUUCCUGGCCCUCGAGUUCGCUGGGCUGGCCGAGUACCUGGCCCUGCUGCGCGCCGCCGCCCGCGCCCUGGCCCCGCUCGGUUCCAGUGCCAUGUUCUUCUUGGCAGCUGCUGUGUCUGAUUUCUACAUCCCCCCUUCAGAGAUGCCCGAACAUAAAAUCCAGUCAUCUGAUGGGCCCCUCCAGAUAACAAUGAAGAUGGUACCCAAGAUGCUCUCUCCUCUGGUUAAGGAAUGGGCCCCAGAAGCAUUUGUGAUUUCCUUCAAGUUGGAAACCGAUGCUUCGAUUCUGGUUGAGAAAGCAAGACAGGCUCUGGAGAAAUACCACCACCAGGUAGUAAUUGCCAACGCACUGGACUCAAGAAGAACCUCCGUGAUUGUGGUCACUAAGGACUUGGAAACCCCACUCUCACUUUCAGAAGAGGAAAUCGCCCAAGGCAUUGAGAUUGAGGAAAAGAUUGUCAGCCACCUAGAAUCUCAGCACAGGGCUUUUAUGGAAAAAUAACCGCCAGUGGAUAAAAGUGACUUCUCCAAGUUCUCAAAUCCAAACUUAAGAACAGCCAGGAGGUGGUGGUGGUGGUGGUGGUGGUAAAACUGGAAUGCUUCUGUUACCAGUUAACAGAGGUCCCUUAACUGGGGUCAAAGGGGUGAUUUCUUUGCACAUCUUCAAACAUGUUUGCUGCUCAUUUGUGGAAAUAGGUAAAUAACAGGAACAUUCCAAGUCA